GCAUCCAGUCCAGCUUGCACAGAACUGGAAAUGAAUGUGAUGGAUUGGCUGGCUCAAAUGAUGGGUCUUCCAGAAACGUUCUUGCAUUAUCAUCCAAGCAGCAAAGGUGGUGGCAUUUUGCAGAGCACAGUUAGUGAAUCAACUCUGAUCGCUCUCCUGGCAGCCAGAAAGAAUAAAAUUCUCGAAAUGAAAACCUCUGAGCCAAGUGUAGAUGAUUCCACUCUGAAUUCUCGUCUCAUCGCCUACGCUUCUGAUCAGGACUACCUGUAUGGAGCAGUCUGCUCUCCUACAAAUUACAGGCAGCCCUGUGUUCUGUACCAAGAUUGUCACCAUGGCUGCGGUAUUGGAAAUAAUUAUUGGCUUUGUUUUCGGAAAUCCCAGGGCACUGAAAUGGCCAAGUAUUUUGAGUCACUGCUCAGAAGCAACCCCUUGUUUGAGAUCCCGGCGAAGAGGCAUCUUGGACUAGUCGUUUUUCGUCUAAAGGGUCCCAACUGGAUGACCAAGAAGCUCUUACAGGACCUGAACAAAUCAGGAAAGCUGUUUGUCAUCCCGGCAACCGUACAGGAGAAGUUGAUCAUCCGCUUCACCGUAACGUCUCAGUUCACCACCCGAGAGGAUAUUCAACAAGACUGGGCCCUCAUCCAACAGACGGCAGCGAACAUCUCCAGUCAAUCUCUCCUCAUCCCAGAGGAGAAGGCCCCAGCCCCCAACCAAUUAAUCCACUCCGGUUCAAAAGCGGCCUGUAUCCCUCCACCUAUUUUCACCGAGAAAGAGAAAGUUAAAAUGGUUCCUCUCGCCAGAAUAACGACCCAGCCUCGGCGAGGGUCCCUCAACUCUUCUUUGUCGCUGUUGAACGGAUACAUCCCCAAAGCCAAAGAGCCUCAUCUGGAUGAGGUCUUCACAGAAAACAGCCGGCGUUUGACCAACUGCGACUUGCCUUCCGUCUUGAGUUUAUCAGCUCAAAGCAAGAAAAAAACGGCCCGUUCCUUCAGCUUGGACAGCCCUUUCGAGAACAUACCUUGUGCUAGCAGGAAAUUCUUUUCCAAGCUGCCGAAAGAAAUCCUGAUGGUCAAGAAAGAAGACCUGAAGAAACCACCCCAGUUUUACCACAUGCCCAGUUUUCCCGAAUGCACCAUUCAGUGUGGCCUCCAGCUGCCGUGUUGCCCUCUUCAGACUAUUAUCUAG